UUGAGUAGGUCUAACUGUUCACAGCUACAUUGAGUAGGUCUAACUGUUCACAGCUACAUUGAGUAGGUCUAACUGUUCACAGCUACAUUGAGUAGGUCUAACUGUUCGCAGCUACAUUGAGUAGGUCUAACUGUUCACAGCUACAUUGAGUAGGGCUAACUGUUCACAGCUACAUUGAGUAGGUCUAACUGUUCACAGCUACAUUGAGUAGGUCUAACUGUUCACAGCUACAUUGAGUAGGUCUAACUGUUCACAGCUACAUUGAGUAGGUCUAACUGUUCACAGCUACAUUGAGUAGGUCUAACUGUUCAACGUUCGCAGCUACAUUGAGUAGGUCUAACUGUUCACAGCUACAUUGAGUAGGUCUAACUGUUCACAGCUACAUUGAGUAGGUCUAACUGUUCACAGCUACAUUGAGUAGGUCUAACUGUUCGCAGCUACAUUGAGUAGGUCUAACUGUUCACAGCUACAUUGAGUAGGUCUAACUGUUCAACGUUCGCAGCUACAUUGAGUAGGUCUAACUGUUGGCAGUUUUCAUACAAUAAUGUGUUUUGGUGUUACUUUGAGUUAUUCGACAUGGCUGUGUAUUAGUUUUUCCAUACCUACAUAGGCCUACUGUUUCGAAGACUACCAUAUUUUACUAUAAUUAUAGCAACCGAAUUGAGAUGCGUAGCAAGCUACAAAAUAUAGCCCUUUGAUCAAAACUUGAGGCAAAAUUGAGAAAGUUUCGUGGUUGACCUUGGGAUGUUGUUAAGAUGUGUACGGAACCUAGUUUCGUGGUUGACCUUGGGAUGUUGUUAAGAUGUGUACGGAACCUUUGGAAGGAGGAAAUAGCCUUGUCAUACCUGUGUUUAUUUCCCCCUGCUCAACAGCCAGGUGUUCAGUGUCAGCAUUCAAGGUGAUGGAAGGUGCUACUGCGACAUUGUCCUGUCAAUAUUCAGUGAGCCGUUUGGGUUUGAGCCGCGUGUGCUGGGGACGAGAAUGUGGCACGUUCUGGUGCAACAACAUCCUCGCGCAGACAGACAAACAUGGCGUCAUCUCCAAGGUGUCGGACAGGUACAGACUGGCAGGUGAUGUCCUCGUGGGAGAAAUGGACCUGGGAAUUCUCGACGUCAAGCGGACAGACAGUGGGCCAUACUGUUGCAGAGUGGACAUAGAUGGCAUUUUCAACGACAAAAAAAUAAUUCAAAACUUAAGGGUCAUGAAAGCUCCAGUGACCGUUUUGCCAACAAACACCACUGUACAUGUUACAGAAGCUCCUCCCACCACAGAACACUGGAGAGCUGUUGAAUCAUCACAUCUAGCCAUUCCAAGACAGAACACCAGUCUUUUCCCUUCGCAAACACUUAUGGAGGAGCCUCUUCCCAGCUUCUCUCUCCAGAUCAACAUCCCAGUGCUCUCUCUCUCCCUCAGUCUGCUCCUACUUAUAAUGGGGGCUUUGGUGAUAUUGGGGUUUAAACGAGGGAUUCACAGAAGAGCUUUAAAGACAGACUGUUUGUCAGCCAAAGAGCCGCCUCACAUCAUCUAUGAGAUCCGCAUGAGGAGACCUGUGGAGGAGAACAUCUAUACUCUGGACUAGGGUGGAAGAGCCAGAGCACUGAUCUGUCCAAUAGACGGCUGUUAACAUGAUAGUGAGGACAGCCAGACUGAUGUCUGUUUUGUCACAGUGCGUGCGUCCCAUAAGGCACCCUGUUCCCUAUAUAUUGCAUGACCAGGUAGCUGGGAAUAGGGAACAGGGUGCCUUAUGGGACACACCCACACUGUGACACACAGACAUCAGUCUGGCUGUCCUCACUAUCUUUUUAACAGCCAUCUAUCUAUUGGACGGAUCACUGUUGCCUGACAGCUGCUGUCAGAAUGAUCAUCUCUCUCAGAGGCUCUACUUUCACUUAUGGUAUCUAUGGGAGUUCCCCCUAUGUAAAAUGGAUUCACCUUUUUUAUAUAUUGUUAUUAUGUAGUGGUGUGAUGUUUUUUAGAUGCACAGUAUUGGUUGUUAUCACAAGCGGUCUAACUUAUGCUUCUUUCUAAUAAAACAAAACGACCUAAAAGU